AUGUCAGUGUUGAAAAAUUGGCAUUUUAAACAAGUAGAAACUGAAAUAUGGUAUCCAUGUGUUAGUAUAGAAUAUCCUUUUGGCAAUCAGGUGCAUAUUGAUUUACAGUAUAAUGAUUUAAUUGGAGAUCCUUUUGAAAAUGAUAAUGAAAUUGAAUUGGAAUGGAUAAAAGAAGUAGAGUGGGAGUAUAAAUGUUUAUUCAAUGCAACUACAACUAAUUGUGAUUCGUAUUUAGUUUUUGAAGGAUUAGAUACUUUUGCAGAUGUCAAACUUAAUGAUAUUUCCAUCUUAAAUUCAUCAAAUGCUUUUCAAAAGCAUAUAAUUAAUGUGACUGAUAUUAUUCAAAUUGAAAAUAAGUUGUACAUAAGAUUUAAUAGUUCAUAUAAUCAAGGAAAGCAAUUGGAAUUGAAUUAUGGUAAACUUCCCAAUUGGAAUGGUGAUUCUUCAAGAGUUUAUGUCAGGAAACCUCAAUAUCAAUACGGCUGGGAUUGGCAACCUUCAAAUUUCAAUACAGCAGGUCCUUGGAAACCUAUAAAGUUAAUUCAAGAACCUUACAUUGAAGACAUGUUUAUUAAAUAUGAGUUAUCUGAAAAUAUGGCAUUUGCAAAUUUAUCAAUCGAAAUAUCGGGGUACAAUUUAGACGAGACUUAUCAAGUAAGAAUUAAAAGACAAGAUUUUAUAGCAACAUUUAACUCAACAUCUAAUUAUAUACUCGAUGAUAUUGAUUUAUGGUCACCUAGUACCCCCAAUUUGUAUACUUUGGAAAUUUUAUCAAAUGGAUCAGUAUUGAAAUCUCAAAAAGUUGGAUUUAGAAAAGUUGAACUAAUUCAAAAUCAAGAUUUAUUUGGUCAAUCAUUUUAUUUCAAGAUUAACAAUGAACCUUUACAAAUACAUGGUGUAAAUUGGAUACCUUUGCAUUCAUUCACUUCAAACACUACAAUUGAAAAUUAUAAAUCAAUAUUAAAUUUAAUUCAUAACGCCAAUUUUAACUUGAUUAGGGUCUGGGGUGGUGGUCAAUACGAAAUUGAUGUAUUUUACGAGUAUUGUGAUCAACUAGGUAUAUUAAUAUGGCAAGAUUUCAUGUUUUCUUGUGGAAUUUAUCCCAAAGAGAUGUAUUCAAGUGUGGAUUUAGAAGUUGAACAACAAAUAUCAAGAUUUAGAAAAUACGCAAGUAUCAUCAUAUAUACUGGUAAUAAUGAAGAUUAUCAAAUUGCAAAUCUGUUAAAAAUAGAUACGAAUAAUGUUACACAAUUUCCAGGAAAGAAAAUUUAUGAAGAAAUUAUACCAACCAAAAUUAAAAACCUUUCAAAUCAAGUGAUUUACCAUUUCGGAUCUCCUUAUUCAGCAGAAAAUGUUUCUACAUACUAUGAAUCAGUUGGCGAUACUCAUCAAUGGAAAGUUUGGCUCAAUGAGAUGGAACCAUAUCAGAAAUGGAUGGAAUUAUCAGCUAGGUUCGUAUCAGAAUUUGGUAUGUUCUCAUUACCAAGAGAUAAAACAUUGUCAAAAUAUAUUACAAAAGAAUCUGAAUUAUAUCCAUAUUCCAAGUUGGUGAAUUUUCGUUCAAAAGCUGAUAAAUAUGAAGAAAGACUCAAUCAUUACUUAAAUUACAAUUUUGGGUUUAUUUCCACUGAACUAUCUGAAUUUAUUUACUAUUCCCAAUUAUUACAAUCUGAUGCACUAGCUUUAGCUUUUCGAUAUUGGAGAUUUAAAUGGAUGGAUUAUCAAGUUGGUGGAAUUAUAGUAUGGCAAUUAAAUGAUUGUUGGCCAGGUUUGUCUUGGUCAAUCAUAGAUUUUGAAGGCAGGCUUAAACUAGCAUAUUAUGGAAUCAAAAGAGAAUUGAAGAAUGAAGUAGUGGGAUUAUAUAGAUCUGGAGGUGCUGGUAAUGGAAGACAGACAAUUUUAAAAUUUGAUCUGAUUACAGUUUGGGGAAUUGGUGAUGCUGAUUUAUUAAAGAUUGAUUAUUACACAAGUAAUGGUGAUUUUUUUGAUAAUGAAAUGUUUAAUGUCAAUUCAACUCGAGAUAUUAGUAUCAUUUUACAAGAUCAUUUAGUAUAUCACGAAAACUUGAUAAUUCAAUUAAGAACAUUCAAUGCUUCAAAAUUAGUCGCUAGAUCAAGUGAUUGGCCAUUGUCAAAAUAUAUAAACAUUGAUCCAAAUUUGUGUAUUGACUAUUUACAUGAUGGAAAAUUCAAAUUAUCUACCAAUAAACCAGUUAAAGGAUUAGAGUUAUACUUUGACAACGAUUACUUAUUUAGUGAUAAUGGAAUUGAUUUAUUCCCAAACGAUCCACAGAUAAUACAAGUUUACAAUUUUAAUCAAUCAGAUAUAAAGAAUGUAAAAUAUCGAUUUUAUAAAUCAUUAUUGUCUAUUAAAUAUUAA